CAGGGGGGAGCCCCGCCCCCUGCCCUCUCCAGACCAGGGGACCCGCUCCCGGUCCCCUCCUCCUGGGCCCCGGCCGGCGAGAGGGCUCCCCAGGGCCAGCCUACCCGGCCUCCAGCAGCCGCAUCCUUCCGUGGACACGGAGGGCCAGCGCCCAGCCGCAAUGCUGGACCCAGGUACUCGGGUCCAUCGACUUCUCCCCUUCUCCGGAGCCUGGGCUUCCCGUCCGUCCCGAGUACCUGGAUGCUCCGAGCCCCGCCACGCCCCAGCCACUGGGGAGGGCCCAGACCCCAGGCCCGGGCGGGGACGAAGAUCCGCCCUCCGCCGGGUCCUCCCGGUGCGGGGAGGCAGAACCUGUUCUCCAGGCCGUUCCAGGAGCGCACGGAAACCGCCCGGCAGCAAUCCCGGUCCUAGAUACGGGAGCCUCCGGCCCGCAAGGGAUCCCCGCGCACGCCAGGGCCCAGUGACCCCCCCAUCUCCGCACUGGGCACCUACACGUCCCGCAGUCGCGGCCCCCCAGCCUCUCCUUUUGAGGAACUGUACGAUCCGGGGCGCGACACCUUUCUAGAAGCGCGCGCUCCGGAGGCAGCCUCUCCCCAAGGACAAGGAGGAGAAAGCGGGAGGGAAGAGGACUUCUCAUCCCAGCCUUCCCGGGAGGCUGGGGCCCCAGGUUGGGGACCCAAGGCCUCGGCUCCGCGGUCCACCUGGAGCUGUUUCCAUUGUCCGCUCGUCACCGCGUGUGGCCUGGAGCGUGCGACCGUUAUCCUUCAACAAAUCAGAGCUCAAGACCCAGGAAUCCGACUUCACUCUCCUGAGAGUUGACUUUGACGGAUGUCUGCAGACCCAAAUCCCUCCUUCUUUAGACCCAGGAUUUCCAGCCCCAGCCCCCUCCUCUUGGGGGAGAAGUUCAGACCUCCGCACUGGAGGGUGUCUGGUCGCUGGGCCCAUAGUUACCAGGAAACCGUCCACCCCCGCAUUCCCUUUGGGCUCUUGUCUCUCACUUGCCCCGCGGCUGAGUCAGACUCUCACCUGCCCUCCGCCCUGCCCCAGGCUCUUUUGAGAACAUCUUUUUGGGCCUGAGGCAGCUUCUCCGGUGCAAAAGGUCCUGAGAUUGCAUCAGGGAGCAGAGGGAGGCUGGGACAUUUGUGUGCCAGAGGCACCUCUGGGCUGGGGGUGGUGGGGUCGAGGUGAGAGGCUUUCAGGCCAGGAUGCCUGUGUCCCUGGUCACGGGGCAUUUGCUGCUUUCCUGAAGAUCAAGGAACGUCCAUCAGUGUGUGUGAUUCCCCCCACCCACCUACACCCACAGAAAUUCAGGCCAGAUGCAGCGAUUUCGGCUUAUGGGGCACAAUCUGCAUCCAUCAGCCAGGGGGGCAGUUUUCCAGGCCCCCAGCCCCUUUCACCCAAGUGCCAGUUCAUUAGAUCCCGGUCACCCUGAUCCCUCAGACUCAGGAGUCCAGGCCCCCAGUGGGAAGGACCCCCCCUGAUUGCAUCAUCCGGUUCAGGCUGACCUGUCCACGGUGGAAUCCUGGCUCUUGCCAAGUGGGUCAGAUAGCAUGGGUCAGGUGUGAGGAAGGUGACUGGGCGGGUCUGUCUGGAUAUAAAUUUUGGAGCGCCUGCAUCCGUUCUAAGAGACUGCGGUGUUCGGUCAGCUGGGAAUCCGCCUCCACGAGGACCCAGGCGUUGAGGCUCACUAAGGAGCGAUCUGGGAAUCCAGACAACCAGGAUCUGAGACAGAAUCCAGGCCAUUCAGCUCUUCAAGCCUCAGACCCCGGAUCUCGCCUGAGUUUAGUGAGCCAGUGAUGGGCUGGGACGAGGCCAGGUCCCAGCUCCUGGGACUGUGGGUCCUGGUGAUGCUGGCUGUUCUUUUGCUGGAAGCCUGCCAAGCACACCCUAUCCCUGACUCCAGCCCCCUCCUCCAAUUCGGGGGCCAAGUUCGGCAGCAGUUCCUCUACACGGACGACGCCCAGGAGACAGAGGCCCACCUGGAGAUCAGGGGUGAUGGCACAGUGGUGGGGACUGCCCGCCAGAGCCCUGAAAGCCUCUUGGAGCUGAAAGCCCUAAAGCCGGGGGUAAUUCAAAUCUUGGGAGUCAAAACCUCUAGGUUCCUGUGCCAGGGCCCUGACGGGACGCUCUACGGAUCGCUCCGCUUUGAUCCCGAAGCCUGCAGCUUCCGGGAAGAGCUCCUGGAGGACGGAUACAACAUCUACCACUCCGAGACCCUUGGACUCCCACUUCGCCUGGCCCCCAACAACUCCCCAUCCCGGGACUCGGCCCCCUGGGGACCUGCCCGCUUCCUGCCCCUGCCAGGCCUGCUUCCGGCACCCCCAGAGCCUCAAGGGAUCCAGGCCCCUGAGCCCCCCGAUGUGGGCUCCUCGGACCCUCUGAGCAUGGUGGGGCCUUCACAGAGCCGAAGCCCCAGCUACACGUCCUGAAGCCACAGGCCAUUUAUUUAUUGGGUUGUUUGUUAUUUAUCUUAUUUAUUUUUUUUAUUUUUCUUACUUGGGGUAAUAAAGAGUCUGA